AUGCUCCUGAAGCGCAAACGGUCCGACGACCAGCUCUCGCCCUUUGCCAGCUCGUCGCCGCUCAGGAUCAACACCGCCGCCGGCAAUGUCGCCACGAUGGACACAGACCUCGACGUGAACAUGGACAUGGACAUGGACGUGGACACGGACAUGGACAGGAACAUGAACGUCGACAUCGACAGCCCCCUCUCCGCCAUGACCAUCCGCUCCCCGAGCCGCUCUUGCACGCCCUCCCACCUGCCCAGCCGCACCUUCAAGCGCCUUCGCAACGGCCGCCCCUCGGACCACGAGGUUCACCAGAACACCUUGCAAAUGCUAUACCGCGCCCAGCAGCGCGCCUACCAGCCUCAGCAUGUCUUGUCGCCGCCGACCACCACCAGCCCCGCCGCCCUGCCAUCGCCCACGGCCUCUCUCCAGCCCCACUCGCCCCAGGCACCCGCGCAGAACCAGCGCUCUUUGCACAGCUUCUGGAACAUCCCUUCCAAGCCGCAGCCGCCGCCGCCUCUUGGCAUCUUGUCCCCCGCGCCGGCCCCCUCUGUCGACGCCAUCGUGGACCGCCCUACAAGCUGCGACGACUGCGGUGUUGAUCUGGGCGGUGAGGAGGCAGCAGUCGACGAUGGAUAUGGCUUUGAGACGUAUAUCAGCUCCUGCAGCUUGUGCUGCAAAGCAGUGUGCUUCUCGUGCUCUGUCAGCAACUUGGGCGAGCAGCGACGGUGCCUGGUCUGCGCUGGCAAGCAGGAUACGGGUAAAAGAUGGGUCGGCGGCGCCGGAUUGGCCUCGGAGCCAAUGUCGGUCUUUUAG